AUGGCGACGGAGGGCCAAGUCUGCCUUGCGGACGCGCCGCCACGGAUAGUCAUGGAUGAUAUACAUGAUGCAUCGCUACGCGGCGCGGCGCGGCGCAACCAGUUGUCGACUGUGCUGAGCCCGCCGAUCCCGCGACUAUGGGUGCGCCAUCGUUGUGGCUUGGAUCGGGCUGGAUCUGGAUCCCGGGCAUGUUCCGGGUCCCCGUCUGCCGAGCCGGACUCGCGCAUCCUGCUGCUCCGCCUCGUCAGGCUGCCUCGUCCUUGUUCCCCGGUCCGCCGACGCCGCCUUUGCGUCCCGCGCGGGACGUUGCUGCUUCGGCCGUUUGGUUCGGAUCUGUGGAAGCCCUUCUUCCCCCCACCUCCCCCAACGUUCAGGUUCUUCACAUGGCUUAGGUAG